UCUCCCGGCCGGUGGCUCAGACGCACGCCGCCGCUGGGGGAGCUUCGUCACUCCGCUCUGAAGAUGGCCGUAGUGGAGCGGACCCCGGUCAGAGAAGGAGUCCGGAUCGUGUGUCUGUGUUUCUGCUGGUACACGGUCAGCUCCGGGGGCAACGUCAUCAACAAGAUCAUCCUGAACAGCUUCCCGUACCCGGUGACGGUGUCUCUGUUCCACAUCCUCUCCAUCGUGGUGUUCCUGCCGCCGCUGCUGCGAGCAUGGGGAGUCCCGCACACAGAAGUGUCGAACAGGUACUACCGCUGGUAUCUGCUGCCUCUCGCCUUCGGGAAGUACUUCGCUUCGGUGUCGGCCCACUUCAGCAUCUGGAAGGUGCCGGUGUCGUACGCGCACACGGUCAAAGCCACCAUGCCCAUCUGGGUGGUGCUCUUAUCGAGGAUCAUCAUGAGGGAGAAGCAGACCACAAAGGAUGGUUUCGGUGUCGCUGAAGUCCAGGGUUUGUCCAUCCAUCCAGUGACUUCAGGAAAGUUGCAUGCACUCUCCUGGUUACCGUGAAGCUGUGUUCUCCAUCUCCUCUUUCCACCAGUCCCUCACAAGUUUCUCGCUCACUCCAAACUUUUUGUCUGCUGCUCGAUUACCGCUUUAGGCUGAAUAUUUCACUGUUUCACUCUUGUAUCACUGUCACUUCACUUAUAGAGUGUAAAGCUAACGACAGCUAGCAUGCUAAUGUGCACUUCCUGACUAUAGGACAAUGAAUUGCUUUGUAAUUGGAUGUAGACGACACACUUGUUGGUACUUUGCAGUGACAUCAUGCUGGAGAUGUUCUAUGUGUAUCUAUUAGGGGUGUGCAAAAAUAUCAAAAUAUCAAUAUAUUGUAUCAUUUAAUUUGAUGUUACACCGACAACGUGAGCUGGUGUAUCGAUAUAUUGCCAGGAGUAUUUUUUUGGUAUAUUUUACAAAAUGAUUUAGUUACAGCUUCAGUUUUGUUGCUUGUUUAGCUGAAGGAAAAUCGUUUAUGCGACACAUUUGACAUGUUC